AUGUAUGCACCACACCACUUGGGCCUUAAGCACAGUUUCGCCCAAGUUGGGAGCACAAGCAGUUCAUACACGAGAGUAGCAAAUUGUUCCAGCACUUACAACCAGCAUACACUGAUUUCUGAUACUUCAGAAGUGUCUCCAAUUUCUCCAGUGUCUUUCCAACCACUAAUGGGCAGUGCCUACCUUUACCAACAUUCUAGCACAACUAUGUUGUCUGGAGUGACUGGCCAGAGCCAGAUCUCCACUUCGGCUGCUUCCAAUCCUGGUCUUUUGCAGUGGGCUCUCACAGGAGGCACUGAAAAGAAGUCAUCAUCACUCAGAGACUUCACUGUGACUGUCACUGACCAGGACACAGCUGUUUCUUCCAUGUCUAUGACAUCCCAGUACAGUAAAACCUCAGAUGCCGGUAACAUGGUCCCUCUGUAUCCAUCCCUUUCUGCCAGCCUUGUUCAGGGGGCACCAUCUCAGAUUCCAAAUCAGGGACAUAGCCUGUCACUUCCCUACCAGGAAGGAAGUCAGGUGUAUUACUAUAAUCAAGGCACACUGAGGCCUCUGCUCUCUGGAGAGCGGGGUCCCUACCUGCAAUCCUAUGGCUCUAUGUCUUACACAGAGAGCAGGGCCUCUGCCCCUCAACCAGAAAUGGUCAUGGUGCUAAAGGAGGUCCAGCCCACAAAUGUGAUGCCACCAGCCUCGACCUCUGCAAUUUACUACUCUGUGCCUGCUCAGCCCAUCACAGACACCAGUUUUCAAGUGAUGGAGACCUCCCUGGGGAUGGAGACUUCCCUGGGAUUGCAACCUUCAAGCCAAACAUUCUGUCUCCCAAAGACUCCAGAAUUCCCCAAGUCCUGCAGCAGCAGCAAUAUUCAGAUCCUUGAGAGUAUCCCACCACCUGAGCUUGGGGACAUUGCAAUGGCAGCUCCAGUCCAGAGUCCUAGUAUUUUCCUGGCACUGCCUCCAGCUCCAAGUCAGGAAAUGAAAGAGAACAGGAAUUUGGAUGAUAUUAAAACUAUGCUUUCAAAGCCUCUGGAUGCCUACCAGAUCCCAACAGAAAACCAAGAUCCUCCACUACUCCCUUUAGAAAUCCCUGAUAUUCACCAGCUCCUGGCCUGCAUUGAUCCCCCUGGCCAAGAGGAGCAGCAGCCUGGCUGUGAAAAUGCUGGUCUGGGAAAGAAGAGCCUGAGUCUUAAGGGCCAAGGCACACUUGAGAAUGGGACUGAAUCUAAUGAUGGUUUUGCAGACAUCGCUACACUGGUGGAGGAUAUUCAACUCCCACAGGUCUUAAAUUCCUUGGAUGACCUCGAUCAAUCCAAAGGUCCCAAGGUGAUCAAAACCAAAGACACCAGACCCAUCCAGUUGAACGAGGUGCAGAAAAAGUCAAGUGGCAUAAAGGCUCCCUCUGAUCAAACUGGGAAGAACAAACAUAAAGCCUCUGAGCCAAUCAGUGGUGCUCCUAAGGCCAAAAUCAAGCCUGAGAGCCCAGACUGCAUGUUCCUGGGAGAAGUGGCUGUUUGCAAUGCUGCAGCCAGUGACAGGGCUCCUGAGAACACGGCCAAGCUUUCUAACAGCAAACCUCAGAAAGCUGCCUCCAGCAAGAUCAGCAAAACUAAGAGCCAUGGGCAGGAAAAGACCAGAAGAACCAAAGAAAACAACUCCAAGAAAGCUGGAGAGAGUAAGCAGUCAGGGAACAAAGCCAAAGCAGAGGAGAAGCCAACCAUUCCCAAGAUGAAGAGGAAGAAAAAUCAACCUGAGCUGACCCAAGAGACCUUCAAAAAGCCUCGGAGCUCCCUAGGUAUGCACAUGCUGGAGUCUGUGCAGGUUUUUCAUGCACUGGGGAAGAAGAGUGAUAAGAAAACUGAACUCUCUUCCUCUCGGACCUUGGGGAACUCAAGCAACCCCAAAGGCCCCCAGCCACCCCUAGCUAUGGAACGAUGGCUGGAUACCCCUCGUGAGGGCAAAGGUCCUGAGAAAACUCAAGUCAAACGCCAAAAAGUGGAGAGCAGUGCUGAAAAAGAGUGUUCAUCUCCAUCUGAGUAUGAGCUGCCACCUCCUGGGAAGGUCAAGGUGAUACCUUUGGUUUUCCCAACCUUGGACAAGCCUCAAGCUCGACCUAUUCCUCACAGGCCACAGUAUGGCAUCAUGUUGGCCUGCUGUGGAUAACCCUGCCCAGUCUGGUUCUAACUCAGCCCAACCUACAGCAGUAAAUUCAUCACAGCCAACUCCUGCAUCUAUGACAGGGUCCUGUCAGACCAGCUCGGCCAGUUUCAACCAACCCUGCCUGACCUGGUUCUAACUCAGCUCAACCUACUGCAGUCAAUUCAUCCCAGCCAACUCCUGCAUCUUUGACAGGUCCUGCCAGACCAGCUCGGCCAAUUUCAA